AUGCCUAAAUGCGACUACUGCGAUGUCUACCUCACGCACGACUCCAUGAGCGUGCGCCGAGCACACAACAGCGGCCGAAACCAUCUGCGCAAUGUAGUCGACUACUACCAACAAAUCGGCCACGAGAAGGCCCAGUCCGUCAUCGACUCCAUCACCUCCUCCUACGCCGCCGAGGGACAGGCCCACGCCAACCCAAUGCUCCCGCACAACCAGCCCGGGCACAACUUCCCACCGUUCCCCUUCCCGGGAGGUGCACCACCUCCAUUCCCCGGCAUGCCAGGCGCUCCUCCAGGCCAACUGCCCCAGGGUCUUCCUCCUCCUCCCGGCGGCCGCGGCGGUCCCAUGCCCCCCUUCCCUCCCGGUCCCAACAACAUGCCUCCCAUCCCUCCUGGCGGCCUGCCUUUCCCUCCGGGCCAGUUCCCCCCCUUCCCGCCACCAGGACAGGUAGGCCAGGGCGGUGUGCCCCCUCCCUUCCCAGGGCUGCCGGGCAUGCCACCUCCCGGCGCGCCUGGUUUCCCGCCUGGAGGCAUCCCCCCGCCUGGCUUCCCUCAUGGGAACGCGCCUAGUCAUCAUGACCGGCGAUGA